AUGACACGGACAAAAUCUAGCGUUCAAGCUGACAUAGUAGUUUUAAUGGUUCCAUGUUCGACAUGGAACAUUAUUGAGCCGUCUAUUGGUAUUGUCUGUGCCUGCUUGCCAACCAUGCAGCCCUUGCCCCGUAUCAUAUUAGGAGGCCUGCUCAUGAUUUCCGGAAAGAUAAAAGACGGUCAAGAUGACUUUGACACCAUCAAAACAAUCAGCCAAGUUUCUGUCCGACCGUCUUACCGGAAGAGGCUGAGUAGGAUGAAAGGCGACAAUGGUACUGGACUGUUCGGGCGUCUGAAAGACCGUGAACUUUCGAGGGCGAUGGCCGGGGAUUUGUGGCCCAAUGAGGACCACAAUGAGAGGAAUUACAAUGCUAGGGGGCAACAUGCACCGAGUGAGCAGAGUGUUGAGGUCCCCCUUGAACCAAUUUCAAGGAGGCACACAGCCACCAAAUGA